AUGUUGUUCUCGGUCGCACUCGCAAGUCUUGUACUGGCCCUCUCUGGCACAGCCGAAGCCUUUUGGCGGGUACAAUGCUCCAUCAUACAGAGAGGACGUAUCGACCCCCUGGUCAACCCUGGAGCACUCGCGGCACACUCGCAUAGUAUCGUAGGAGGAUCCAACAUUGGAAUCAACGCCACUUUCAAUUCCCUGAUCAAUAGCGAGUGCACUUCUUGCGAAAUCACAGCUGACAAGUCUGCAUACUGGACCCCAACACUAUUCUAUAGCUACCCGAACGGCUCUUUUCUAGAAGUUGGCCACAACGGCGUGGUUGCUUAUUAUUUGGGACGCGGGCCCAACAAAGAUAAAACGAUUCCGUUUCCCAAGGGGUUGAACAUUCUAUCUGGAGAUAAAUCCGCUCGUAGCUAUGAUAACACGACCUACACAUGGGGAAACGCAACAUAUCCAGGCCGUCCAAUAGCAGACCGCGUAAGUUUCAAUUGCUUGGACGAUGGUCCCAUUCCAGAGCAGCCAUGGAUGUUCCGAACGAGUUGUAGCAACGGCCUGAGGGCUCAGAUCCAUUUCCAGAGUUGCUGGAAUGGAAAGGACCUAUACGUAGCGGACAACAGUCAUGUUGCAUAUCAGUCGCAGAUUGAUAACGGUAUAUGCCCACCCACCCAUCCAAUCCAAAUACCUCACUUGUUUCUCGAGACGCUUUACCAGGUAAAGGAGGUACCUCUUGUGCCUGGUGGGCGAUACACAUUCUCGCAAGGCGAUACGACUGGCUACGGAUUUCACGGAGACUUUCAAAACGGAUGGGACCCCGCGAUUCAAGCAGCGGCCGUGAAAGACUGCCUGUCAUCAGAUUCUACAUCCUUUGGUGUCAUCGCCGACUGCCCAAUCUUACAAUCUGUGUACACGGAUGGGUAUGCCGCCAAUUGCCCAGAGCGACCACCACAAGUGGGAGAGCCCGUGAAGGGAAUGCUUGCCAAGCUUCCUGGGUGCAUCAAGCUCACCGAUGGACCAGAGGCUGCCCCAGCUGCUUCAAUGGCCUGUGGUCCGAAUAUUCCCAAGCCGUCUGUGACCAGCACCAAAGACUCGACGCCACUCGCAACGCGUGUUCCAGCAGUCGGCGCUUCUUUUGGCCUGUCAACAUCUCAGAAGUACCUGGGUUGCUUCAACGACUCUGGACUUGGCAUACGCGCCCUGAACGCCGUCCAGUAUUUCAACUUCACGGUGAUGACAGUCGAAUUCUGUCAAGCAUAUUGUGCCGAUCGUGGCUACCGACUUUCUGGAGUCGAAUACUCGUUGGAAUGUCACUGCGAUAACUUCAUUAACCCCACUUCCAUUGGUGGCUCAGAUGCAUGCACUUGGAACUGUGGCGGCACUAUGACCAAAGGCGGAGCACAACAAAUAUGUGGAGGAUACUCGUAUAUUUCCAUCUACAACAAUACCGACCCAUCGUUCGUCGCCAACGGUAGCUUGGCCAACAGCGCUGGAGGGAUCGCAGUCGCACUACCGCUCGUUCCUUUCGCCAAAAACUACCUGGGCUGCGCGACAGACCGCCAAGGUGGAGUGAUGGCAUUAAACUCGAACUCCACGCAACAAGUCGCCAUGACUGUCGAUAUCUGCGAGGCGUUCUGCAAGGGUUACCAAUACUACGGCCUCGAAUUUUCCUCUCAAUGCUUUUGCGGCAAUGCAAUCAUCAAGCCAAAUUUCAUCACCUCCACCACCUCAGUACCUAACAACAGCACAUGUAACAUGCGCUGUGGAGGCCGCGGCGACCAGCUCUGCGGAGGUCCAAACGCAAUCAGCUUGUACAAGAAUACAGCGUAUGUCGCACCUGUGAUCAAGAAACAGAUUGGCAAAUAUUUUACCAAAGGAUGCUUCACAGAUCCUGGCGGCAACAAUCGACCUCUUACUGGCGCUUCUACCACCAGCGAUACCAUGACCGCUGAUGCCUGCGUGAAGUUCUGUCUGGGCAAACGUAUGCACUAUGCUGGUGUGGAAUACGGGAAAGAGUGCUAUUGCGGCAACAAUAUCAGCACUGCUGGGGGAGCCAAGUCACAGACUUGCGACACUAACAAAUUGAUGUUGUGCGCGGGCAACAAGCUGCAGUAUUGCGGUGCUGGAAGUCUGAUGAAUCUGUACUACUCUGCUACGUUCUAG